AUGGCGGCGGCGGCGGCUUCUCGCUUCUGGCUCUGGGCUGCCCUGCUCAUCCCUGCGGCUGCAGUCUACGAAGACCAAGUGGGCAAGUUUGAUUGGAGACAGCAGUAUAUUGGGAAGCUCAAAUUUGCCUCCUUGGAAUUUUCCCCUGGAUCCAAGAAGUUGGUUGUGGCCACAGAGAAGAACGUGAUUGCAGCCUUAAAUUCUCGGACUGGGGACAUCUUGUGGCGCCAUGUUGACAAGGGCACGGCGGAAGGGGCGGUGGACGCCAUGCUGCUGUACGGACAGGAUGCAGUCACUGUGUCCAAUGGUGGCCGGAUCAUGCGUUCCUGGGAGACUAACAUCGGGGGCCUGAACUGGGAGAUUACCUUGGACAGUGGCAGCUUCCAGGCGCUUGGGCUGGUCGGCCUGCAGGAGGCGGUGCGGUACGUGGCGGUCCUGAAGAAGACCACUCUUGCCCUCCAUCAUCUCUCCAGUGGGCACCUGAAGUGGGUGGAGCAUCUCCCAGAAAGUGACAGCAUCCACUACCAGAUGGUGUAUUCCUACGGCUCCGGGGUGGUGUGGGCCCUCGGCAUUGUUCCCUUCAGCCACGUGAACGUUGUCAAGUUUAACGUGGAAGAUGGAGAGAUUGUGCAGCAGGUCAGGGUUUCAACCCCCUGGCUGCAAAGUCUCACCGGAGCCUGCGGCGUGGUGGACGAGGCUGUCCUGGUGUGCCCUGACCCGAGCUCACGGUCCCUCCAAACUCUGGCCCUGGAGGUGGAGUGGGAGUUGAGGCAGAUCCCACUGCAGUCUCUCGACUUAGAAUAUGCAAGUGGAUUCCAACCCCGGGUCCUGCCCACACAGCCCAACCCAGUGGAUCCUUCUCGGGCCCAGUUCUUCCUCCAGUUGUCCCCAAGCCACUACGCUCUCCUGCACUACCAUCACGGGGUCCUGAGUCUGCUCAAAAACCUCCCUCAGACUGCCCUUGUGAGCUUUGCCACCACCGGGGAGAAGACAGUGGCUGCAGUCAUGACCUGUCGGAAUGAAGCGCAGAAAUCUAGCAGUUCUGAAGAUGGGUCACUGGGGAGCUUUUCGGAGAAGUCUAGUCCGCAGGACACGCUGGCUUGCUUCAACCAGACCUACACCAUCAACCUCUACUUAGUGGAGACAGGGCGGCGGCUGCUCGACACCACCAUCACCUUUAGCCUGGAACAGAACGGCACUCGGCCGGAGCGGCUGUACAUCCAGGUGUUCUUGAAGAAGGACGACUCUGUGGGCUACCGGGCCUUGGUGCAGACAGAGGACCAUCUGCUCCUUUUCCUGCAGCAGCUGGCAGGGAAGGCGGUGCUGUGGAGCCGGGAGGAGUCUCUGGCAGAGGUGGUGUGCCUGGAGAUGGUGGACCUCCCCCUGACGGGGGCGCAGGCUGAGCUGGAAGGAGAAUUUGGCAAGAAGGCAGACGGCUUGCUGGGGAUGUUCCUGAAACGCCUCUCGUCCCAGCUCAUCCUGCUGCAGGCGUGGACUUCCCACCUCUGGAAAAUGUUUUAUGAUGCUCGGAAGCCCCGGAGUCAGAUUAAGAAUGAGAUCAGCAUUGACACCCUGGCCAGAGAUGAGUUCAACCUCCAGAAGAUGGUGGUGACCGUGACAGCCUCAGGCAAGCUUUUUGGCAUUGAGAGCAGCUCUGGCACCAUCCUGUGGAAACAAUAUCUCCCCAAUGUCAAGCCAGACUCCUCCUUUAAACUGAUGGUGCAGAGAACCACUGCUCACUUCCCCCACCCCCCUCAGUGCACCCUCCUGGUGAAGGACAAGGAGACAGGAAUGAGUUCUCUCUACGUCUUCAACCCCAUUUUUGGGAAGUGGAGUCAGGUGGCCCCCCCAGUGCUGAAGCACCCCAUCUUGCAGUCUCUGCUUCUGCCUAUCAUGGAUCAAGACUAUGCCAAGGUGCUGCUGUUGAUAGAUGAUGAGUACAAGGUCACAGCUUUCCCAGCCACCCGGAAUGUCUUGCGGCAGCUCCAUGAGCUAGCCCCUUCCAUCUUCUUCUACUUGGUGGAUGCAGAACAGGGACGGCUGUGCGGAUAUCGACUUCGGAAGGAUCUCACCACUGAGCUGAGUUGGGAGCUGACCAUUCCCCCAGAAGUUCAGCGUAUCGUCAAGGUGAAGGGGAAGCGCAGCAGCGAGCACGUUCAUUCCCAGGGCCGUGUGAUGGGGGACCGCAGCGUGCUCUACAAGAGCCUGAACCCCAACCUGCUGGCCGUGGUGACCGAGAGCACGGACGUACACCACGAGCGCACCUUCAUCGGCAUCUUCCUCGUGGACGGUGUCACUGGGCGCAUCGUCCACUCCUCCGUGCAGAGGAAGGCCAAGGGCCCCGUCCACAUCGUGCACUCAGAGAACUGGGUGGUGUACCAGUACUGGAAUACCAAGGCCCGGCGCAACGAGUUGACCGUGCUGGAGCUCUACGAGGGCACUGAGCAAUACAAUGCCACCGCCUUCAGCUCCCUGGACCGUCCCCAGCUGCCCCAGGUCCUCCAGCAGUCCUACAUCUUCCCCUCCUCCAUCAGUGCCAUGGAAGCCACCAUCACGGAGCGGGGCAUCACCAGCCGACACCUGCUUAUUGGACUACCUUCUGGAGCCAUUCUUUCCCUCCCUAAGGCCUUGCUGGAUCCCCGCCGUCCUGAGAUCCCAACAGAACAAAGCAGAGAGGAGAAUCUAAUCCCGUACUCUCCAGAUGUACAGAUACACGCAGAGCGAUUCAUCAACUAUAACCAGACAGUUUCUCGAAUGCGAGGGAUCUACACUGCUCCCUCAGGUCUGGAGUCCACUUGUUUGGUUGUGGCCUAUGGCCUGGACAUUUACCAAACUCGAGUCUACCCGUCCAAACAGUUCGAUGUCCUGAAGGAUGACUAUGACUACGUGUUAAUCAGCAGCGUCCUCUUUGGCCUGGUGUUUGCCACCAUGAUCACUAAGAGACUGGCCCAGGUGAAACUCUUGAAUCGUGCCUGGCGGUAA